UUCUCAGAGAGUCACUGGAUUUAUUGGGAACUGGAUAUCAUCAGCUUUUGAAUCUAGAAGGAGAAAUGUUUCUCUGUUCUGUCUGCCUGAAAAGAUUUUAACGACAGUGUGGCUAGAAAAGGACCGACACACACACCCGAGUGAGAGUGUUCCAGUGCACUGACUGUGGAAAGAGCUUUAAUCAGUUACACAGACUGAAAAAACAUUGCACCAUUCACAGCAGGGAGUUCAUACACAAGUUGUGUGUGCGGAUGAGGCUUCAACUGAUUGUCAAACCUGGAGAGACACAAGGGCACGCGCACCAUGGAGAAACCGUGGAAAUGUAGGGACUGUGGGAAAGGAUUCAAAGCCCUGUCUGAGCUGGAAACGCAUUGGCGCAGUCACACCGGGGAGAGGCCGUUCACCUGCCCUAAGCGUGGGAAGGGUUUUGCUCGGUUAUCAAACCUGCAGACACACCAGCGAGUUCACAGCAGGGAGAAGCCGUUCACCUGCCCUGAGUGUGGGAAGGGAUUCGGUCAGUUAUUUAGACUGCAAUCACACCAGCGAGUUCACACCGGGGAGACACUGUUCACCUGCUCUGAGUGUGGGAAGGAAUUCGACAGAUCAGUCUGCCAGGAUCCGAGAGAGAGAGAGAGAGAGAGCUGAUAGAGGCAGCAAGUCUCUUUCAACACAUACGAAUGUGGAUGGGACCUUGUGCUCAGAUUGAAAAGACCAAAUUCAUGAGGAUUUAAAAUGAGACUGGAAGAUUCGCCUUGCUUGAGUUAGAGGGAGAACCCAGGAGACCCUUCACUGUGAAAGACAGUUCUGGGGUUUAAGGUUGCAAGACUGGAAAAGGAAAAGAAUGGAAGUAAACCCUCAGGAGCAAAGAAUCACUCUUGACAGGUUCCAUGAUAAUUGAGUGUCUACUUCAGGAACAGAGAUGUCAGAAGCAGAGGAUUGACAGAUGGAUACCAAACAACGUGACAGAGUCACGCGAUUCAGCGGGAUCUGAACAUCAGCGGACUUUGAAUCUAGGAGAAAUUUUUACCAGUUCUGUUUGCUUUAGAAGAUUUUAAACAUCCUUGUCAUUGAAAAAACAUCAAGAAAUGCACCCUGAGUGAGAGUGUUCCAGUGCACUGACUGUGGAAAGAGAUUUAACCAGUUACACAGACUGAAAAUACAUCGUACUAUUCACAGUGGGCAGAGACUGAACACGUGUCCUGUGUGAAGACGAGGCUUCAACUGAUCGUCAAACCUGCAGAGCCACAAGGACACUGCACCAUGGAGAAACCAUGGAAAUGUGGGGACUGUAGGAAGGGAUUCCCUUCCCCGUCUGCACUGGAAACUCAUCGACGCAUUCACACCGGGGAGAGGCCGUUCACUUGCUCCAUGUGUGGAAAGGGAUGCAGUGCUUUAUCCAACCUGCUGACACACCAGCGAGUACACACUGGGGAAAGGCCGUUCACCUGCUUGGAGUGUGGGAAAGGAUUCACUCAGUCAUCCAGCCUGCUGACACACCAGCGAGUCCACACUGGGGAGAGGCCUUUCACCUGCUUGGAAUGUGGGAAGGGAUUCACUCAGUUAUCUAGCCUGCUGACACACCAGCGAGUUCACACCGGGGAGAAGCCGUUCAUCUGCUCCGAAUGUGGUAAAGGAUUCACUCAGUUCUCUAGCCUGCUGACACACCAGCGAGUUCACACCGAGGAGAAGCCGUUCACCUGCUCUGAGUGUGGGAAGGGAUUCAGUGAUUCAUCCACCCUGCGGAGACACCGGCGAGUUCACACCGGGGAGAGGCCGUUCACCUGCACUGAGUGUGGGAAGGGAUUUAGUCAGUUAUCCAACCUGCUGAGACACCAUGUCACUCAUACCAAUGAGAGACCUUUUCACUGUUCUGACUGCGGGGGUGGCUUCAAAAGCCUUCGGGAACUGAGGGACCACCAGCGCAUUCACACUGAGGAGAGACCAUUCAGCUGUUCUCACUGCACAAAGAGGUUUAGAUCAUCAUCCCAACUGCUGAAACACCAGCGGGUUCACACCGGGGAGAGGCCAUUCACCUGCUCCGUGUGUGGGAAGGAAUUCAGUGAUCCAUCCAACUUGCAGAAGCACCAGCGACGUCACACCGGGGAGAGGCCAUUCACCUGCUCGGAGUGUGGACAGGGAUUCAGUGAUACAUCCCACCUGCUGAGACACCAGCGAGUUCACAAGUGAUUCCAGGGGUUGGAUUCUGCUGUUAUUGCUGCUGUUAAUCACAUCCAGGACUGAACAAUGUUCAUUCUGACAACUGGUGAAAUGGGACGGUCAGAGGAUUUGAUUUUCAUUGAAUUUCAAUUGAACCCCUUCAUCGUCUUAAAGACUCCAUCAGGUCACCCUUCAGUCUUCUCUCUUCUAGAGAAAAGCAGCCCCAGCCUUUCCUGAGGGUUAAAUGCUCUCAGUUCUGGUUUUAUUCUUGUGAAUCUUUGUUGCCCCUUCUCCAGUGCCUC